UGAGACGUCAUCAUUGUCCCGGAUGAGGCGCAUGCGCAGUGUGGCUCUUCGUCAGUGUGUGGCUCAUUCACAGUCCAGCAGCGGUUCUCCCUCCCGUAUUCUCCUUUAAUCGUAGUAAUUUGUCAUUUGCUCCUCAUUCUCGUCUGUCCGAAGCCAUGAAACUCCUGCAGAAGAUGCUGCUGCUGCUCUUACUGGCGUUCCCCGCGACGCUCCUCAUGAAGGGACCGGUCGUCUCGGCUCAGGAUGCGACUGAGGAAGAAGAUGCUGUGGAUGAAGACGCUGCUGAUGAUGUGAUUGAUGAGGAUGAUGAAGCCGAGGUGGAGGACGAUGAAAACACUGAACUAACUGAAGAAAAGGAGGAAGAGGAAGAUGAAGCUCUGGUGGGAGAGAUGAAGGCUUCACCCAACGCCGACACCACCAUCCUCUUCGUCAAAGGAGAAGGGUCGCUGAAAAGGAGUGCUGAUGUUUCUUCAUCUACAAAUUUUCCCGCCAACAACAUCGUGAAGUUCCUGUUGGGAUUCACCAACAAAGGCUCGGAGAACUUCAUCGUGGACUCGCUGGACGCCUCGUUCCGCUACCCGCAGGACUUCCAGUUCUACAUCCAGAACUUCACGGCGCUCCAGCUGGGGACCGAGGUUCCUCCUCAGCGCCAGGCCACCUUCGAGUACUCCUUCAUCCCGGCCGAGCCCAUGGGCGGCAGACCCUUCGGCCUCGUCAUCAACCUCAACUACAGGGACCUCAGCGGGAACGUGUUCCAGGACGCCGUGUUCAACCAGACGGUCACCAUCACCGAGAGAGAGGACGGUCUGGACGGAGAGACGAUCUUCCUGUACGUGUUCCUGUCGGGUCUCGGUCUGCUUCUGGUGGUCGGCCUUCAUCAGCUGCUUGAGUCACGCAAGAGGCGGCGGCCGGCACCCAAAGUCGAGAUGGGAACCUCCAACCACAAUGAUGUGGACAUGAGCUGGAUCCCACAGGAAACACUCAACCAGAUCAGUGAGUUUCAGCCAAUCACAGCCGGCCUGCUCGUCCACAGAAGGCUAAUCGCUCAAACGAGUUAGCGAAUAAUCACAUCA